UGCCGUUAAACAAAACUAAAGAAGAAGAAGAAGGUCGUGUGGCCAAGGCACAGCGUGCAAGCGGCACAAGCCGGGUGAGGGGAAUUGUUUGGCCUGUUUGGUCGCUGGUACUGACCACUGACUCAAAUAACUGCUGAGACUGGGACCGACAGGGAUCACAUUGCCACGGCGACGGAUAGACAUCCAAAUUGACAGAUAUGUCGCACUGCAAGCAGGAAGGUAAAGAUCGAAUAAUUUUUGUGACCAAGGAGGAUCAUGAGGCGCCCAGUAAUGCUGAGCUGAUUGCCGAUGACCCUAAUGACCCCUAUGAGGACCAUGGUCUGAUCCUGCCCAGUGGAGAGAUAAACUGGAACUGCCCGUGCUUGGGUGGCAUGGCCAGUGGGCCCUGUGGAGAACAGUUCAAAGCAGCCUUUUCCUGCUUCCACUACAGCACAGAGGAUGUGAAGGGGUCAGACUGUGUGGACAGGUUCCGGGGCAUGCAGGAGUGCAUGCAGAGGUACCCUGAGUUGUACCCUCAAGAAGAUGACAAUGAGAAUGCCCCUACACAAGGUGGUGAUGAGGGCAGGGUGGCCGAAGCCACACCCUCCACUGACGACUCAAACCCUUCUUUGACCUCUGGACCUGGUUCAACACCCUUGUCAGAAGAUGCACCUUCCACAUCCAGCACAGUCUCCAGCUAAAACCCAAGCACCCCUCUCUGUUACGCCCCUUGCCUGCUUGUGCACCCCGUUGCAUUGGGACUUUUUUGAGUACAGGCGGAUCAGUUUUAAAGCCCUCUUGACUCUUCUGGGUGCUUUUAUAUUUAGAAGAAGAUCCUCGCAUGUUAGGAGAGCAUUUCCUUUGUUUCGGUCUAUCUGUCAGGGAAAUUCAAACCCGGCCCUGGGGAGGAAAUAAAAGGCUCACUAACAGUGCUUACUGAAAUUACUAUGCACCAGGGGUCCUGCAGGAUUGAGCUGCUAGAAGGAAGGAGGGGAAGGGGAGAGCCAUAGGAGUCAAUGGCACUUACAGUAAAAUGUUACAGUAAAACAUUAUAAUUCAAAGGGGUUUCUACCACUUUUGGGUUAUUAUCCCCAUGUUUCUGAUGGGCUGAAGAGCUUGGUCUAAGUGGCAGUCAGUUUAUCAACCAGUUGCUGGUCUGUUUUCUUGUGUUCACCACACCUGCUGUACUGUGACUGUUACUAUGGUCACGUGGAAGUUACUGGUCUUAACACUGAAUGUUUGAGUCUGCAUCUUGAGGAGGAGCAUGAGUGGUCUGCUGUGGGUACUCACACCUGUCCUGGGGGAGUGGAGGAUGGAGGAGAUUCUGUACCAAUUGGUCUAACGCUGUGCAUCAAGAAAAGAGAGCCUUUAAUCUGGGAGAUCACUCAUGGUUUUGCUUCACACAUUUUAUUGUAUAUUCCUUUUCAAAAUAAUCACCACCUAAAGCCUUAAUGAAUUGUUAAUUCUCAGAUCCUGUCGCUGACAUAGUAAAAGGUAUUGCUUACAUAAUGUGAAGUAACCCCUGCCCCUAAUAUCAGCAUGUAAUUAGUUUCAGCAUGAGUUUCACUCGGAGUAAUACUUCUCUGUGGCCUGCACCCAUGAGCCCAGGCACAAAAUACAGUUUCCCUCCUGUGGUGCAACUCAUUCAUGAAGUGGGCUAAAUUAAGAAGGAGACCUUUGGCCCUCCUGGCCUCACACGCUGGUGUCUGACCGUCCUUUCCCAAUACCGCACCCAUGAGAAAUGUGCUUAUUGUCAGUGUCCCAGAUUUCCCCUAGGUCAUGGCUGAAGCUGCUUCACUUAAACAAGCUGAGGCUGAUGAGAACCUUCCUGUAUAUGAAGCCUCAAGUUUCAUCGGGUAGAUGGCUAUCCAAAAUGGCCUUUGUCCCUGUGACUUGUUGCCGUGGUGAACGUGGGCUACGGGCAUGGGUCGCCUGGUUCGGAUGUCUCUGUCUGGCCUCAGUGUGGCUUGUCUGUAGUGUUUUUCUGCUCUCCCGCAGGGCCAGGUCAGUCAGAGGCACUGCCCGCGUGUCCAUACGGGACAGGGUCAGGGGCAGCUUUGUCGCAGGCCCUUAGUCACCUGAUCGCCCAGCCAAGGUCUCCAUGGCAACACCACACUCUGCAUGGUCACCAGCAAUCGUCCCGACUUGGUCUCCUCUGGCCCAGCCAGCAGAUAGUCCACACCUGGUGAGAAUGGACAGGAUGUAUAUGACUUUUAUGGAUGUCAGUCAGAGCAGGCAAUGUCAGCUGAUACAGCAACAUGUGCAAAUGGGUUAUGUAAGUGGAUAGUGUCUAUAUGAGAAUGGUGUGCAGUGGGUGUUGGGAAGCGGAGGAAGGGGAGACGUUUUGGUUGGGGUGUCGUUUUGGGUGAACGUAUGGGGGUACCUGGGUUGAGGAUGGGACAGGUGCACCCACGGCUGGUCCAGGACAGGGGAUACACGGUGUGGGUGCCUUGGGUCAGUAACACCUGUCCUGAGCGCAGGACCUUGCGGACCUUUACCCUCACCUCGGCGUGACUCCCCUUGUCAUGGGCUGACAGCACAGUGGCCCUAAUCACUGUUAGACACACACACAGUGCACAUGAAUAAGUGCAUGCCAAUGUCUAAUAUACUCCGUAUUCAGUACAGUACAGACGGAUACCUACAUAUGAUUGCCACAGUGCUUCAAUAAUGCGGCCUGUGUACAUUGAUUAAUGAACCAAGACUGUUCAUUGUUCAUUAUUUUCAGAAUUACAUAUUCCGCAAUGUAAUCCAUUAAUGUUAAUACUUUUCAAAGUAUAUCAUGGCUCUUUCGUAUCAAUACGCUAAUAAUGUGUGAUCCAUUCAUCAGCACAUUGAGUAGAUUCAUAUCAAUAUACCAGCAAUAUUCACAUUAAUUCAAAAUAAUGGCCUUAAUUCAUCAUGGCUGUCACAUGUUCAUAUCACCACCAGCGCAUAACAUGCCAUCAUAUAAAGCAUAUUUGUUCCUUGUACCGUAGGUGUGCUUCAUCCUGCAGAGUUCAGUGAGGCUUCUGAAUUUCUUCUCCUUACAGGUGCAUUUCCCUGGUAGAGAGGGGAUGUCACUCACAACACAAGCACACCACUGCACAAGCUCAGUGUCAGCACUUCUGUUAGACCAGCACCUUCACCCAAUAUUGCUCUGGCAUCUUUCUUUGUCAAAAUAAAUGUUUGGGUUCCCUCCCACCCUCAAAGCCAACCCCAUUUGAUGCUGCUCACCCACAUGAUGAAGAGCAGACAUGGCAAUCUCCUCUGACCAUGCCCCCUCGUUCCCAUUGGCCGGGGUGUGUGUGAUGUCCGUGAUCUUGCCUCCAAUAGGAAUGUGGUAUACGACCUCACGGGGAUGACUGUCAAUCAGCAAUAGAAAGGUUGAUGGGAGGGCACUCAAACUCACUGUGAACUGGGUGGACAGCAACACUGCUCAGUUUUACUACUGGAGUGUCUACUGGUGAUGUGACAGGUUUCAGGUCUGCUUGUGUUGAGAAGCAUCUGACUGGGCAGUCACCUCCCUGUUGAGAGUGGCUGCGUUUCAUCUCUCAGGGUCCCCAGGAGCAGUCAUUGACACCCCUGCUACAGAAGUAUUUCCCAGCCCUGAUCCUUUGAGCAGACAAUUUAUGGUUGAUUUUAUUCUCGCUGAGCUCUGAGCUACUGUUCACUGAUUUCUCUACAAGAAAACGUGAUGUAGUGAAACAAUUUUGUAUUGGUUUUCUCAGUUCUGCUUACAGGUAAUCAUAAAGGUGCUGUGGGUUGGGAAAACUAGUGGAGCUGUUAAUUACUUCAGCAUAAGACUCUAAACUAUGAUGUGUGUGUGUGUAGCACACAGACUCACCUGUCCUGACACUGCCCUGUAAAGGAGUUACAGUUUUGAGGGCACACGCAUGGCUUACACCCCUCGUCCCCAAAACCCCAGUGUCCAUCGAGGCAGUGGUCACACCUCGUACCGCCGACUCCUGUCCUGCAAUGGCAAUGUCCACUACGGGGGUGGCACCACAGAGCCUUACCCCUGCCCCUUUCCCUGGCUGGCACUGUGCCCACCGGGUCACACAGGCAUCCUGGAAAAAAAGCAGGAAAGAGGUGCAGUGGGCAUAUAUUCCUGUAACCAGCAGGGCAUACUAACCUAUGCCGUCAUUCAGCUGUUUUGUGUGUAUAACAGUGUUGGCGUCAUGCAAUAACCUAUUUCCAAACCAAAAAUAAUAAAAGAAAUUCAAAUAUAAACAUCAAAAUGUAAAAGAAAAUUAAAUGUUUUUUCAUUUACACAAAGACUUGAACAAACCAUUGUUUGCUUAGAGACAACAGUAAACUUUCAAUGUGUGGGGGGAAAAAACACAACUGCUAAAUGGUUUCUGUAUGACACUGAGAUAUAUAUUUUGACUCCCCACUCGUUGGUGGGUCAUGGGUCAUGAGAUAAUGUGAAGAACACAUGGUGCACACCUUUCAGUGGCAUUCACAUGAAUAAAACUCAAAACUAUUUGUGUGCUUUUUGUUAUUUUGACAUAUGUUUCCCAUUUUUAAGCAUGGUGUUUAAGAGGUGGUGGGUCUCACAAAAUGUAUUCACUCAUUUUGUGGGUUCUGGGUUUGAAGGUUUGAGCACUCUUGUUACACUCGGACAUUGGCCUCCUCUGGAGUUAACAUGAAAAACUACUUAAAGCUGCUGGAUAAAAUGCUCGUUACUUCCGGCCUCCUCCCUGUCUGACGUACGUGUGCAGGCGUGGGGAGAGGUCAGGGGUUGGGCAGGGUGGCGAUGGUAGCCUGGGCGACAGCGCUGGCAUCUGCGGCCCUCUGUGUUGUGACGGCAGUUGUCACAGAUUCCCCCGCUGGACCCUCCUGAGGACUGCCACACUCGCAGGGAGAAGUGACAGGUGUCUGCAUGGCUGUGACACUCGCACUCUGUCCGGAGCAUGAGGAAAGAAAGAAGCGGAGACGCAGCUGGGGUGAGGCUGGCGUAGUAACUGGCCAUUAGGUCCUGCCAGCAACAUUUAGGUGGUCACUGAAUCCCUCAAAUCUGCUACCUGCUGAAGAACCCUGCAUGAGUUUUCUUAUCCAGAAAGCUGCACCGUAAGGAUCAGACAGUGACCUGGAGUGACUCUUUACUGACUGCACGGUGGGCCAGGCAGGGUGGACACUCACUCUGGCAGACAUGGGGCUCCCCACUGCUGCCGUUGGCAGGGCGCCAGGGCCAGUCGUUGAAGAGUGGGGCACAUUCCUCACAGUGCUCACCUGCUGUGUGAUGCAGACACAUGCACCGGGCUUGCACCUGAAACACAGCGCACUGAGCACACCUGAAACGCAUCACAGUUACUGUAGCACAGUAGCACAAGUGAUGUGUCCUUUGGCUUGUAUGGGUCAGAAAUUGAUGGCAGUAUAACUACCCUUUGGAACUAUAAUGGUGUAUUAAGGUGUGUAAGGCACAGGGACUGCAAUGCUAUUAUUUAGACCAGUGGUUUUCGAACUCGGUCCUGGGGGACCCCUGUGUAUGCUGUUUUUCAUUCAAACCACAGUAGCGAUCCCAGAAUUUUAAUAAGCUGUUCAUUUUUCUUAACCCUUUUAGUGUCAUGUUAGACCAUAAAAUCCCAAGAGCUUUUCAACCAAUCAAAAUGACUGCUAUACUAUUGUUUUGAGCCCCUAUUAAAACCCUACUAAAUUUUAUAAACCUACACCAAAACCCAUUUGGAUUUUAGUGGAGCCACUUCAUAUUGGGCUUGGGACUGAAAGGGUUAAUCCACAUAAAGUCAGAAAUUGCUAUGCAUGAAAAGUGCAAUGAAGAAAAGUUCUGGGAUUGCAGUUGUGGUUGGAAUGAAAACCAGCAUACAUGGGGGUCCCCAGGGCUGAGUUUGAAAACCACUCAGUUGUGGUCCAGUAUUGACUGUGGUGGGACAUACUGGAAUCAAUUACUCACAUAAUCUUUGUGUUCUGAAAUGUUCAAUUAUUAUCCAUCUCAGCCCACCCUCCCCCGGUUUUGACUCACCAUGUCACCGUGGUGCAGCGCGUCUAGGGGCCCUGAAAGCGGAAGACAUCGCUCAGCAUGGCCAUGACAAAGGCAGGUCCCUCCUGCUAGCAGGGAGUAGAUGGCGAACGGUGCCAUUUGGCGUGUGGGUAAGGGUCUGGAGGAGUUCAGAGGGGUUGUGGAGGGACUGGAGUGCUCUGUGGCUGGAGGGGAGGGGCAGGACUGGGGCUCUAGCAGGCGGAGGCGCAGGUUGGUGAGGCUCAGCAGGUCCACAGCCUCUCGACUGUAGGGGUCACCCACUCCAGUACCAGGGCCCAGGGCCCGAAAGAUCACCUGAAGAGACAGAGGAUAAUAUGGCCCUCAUGCAGUGACAUCAUGUCACCACCUGAAGAAGUACUGCUGAAAGGCAACCCAACAUUACACAGUCGGGCUGCCCAACUGUCUACUGUCCUGUAGGUUUUCAGUCCAACUCUUAACAAGCCAUCUCAUUCAACAGCUAUAGAUCCUUCUGAGCUGCUGUUAUUAGAACUUGUGUGCCAAAUAAGGGUUGGAAGGAAAACCUACAGGAAGUUAGAUUUCCAGGAACAGGGUUGGGAAGCUCUGUUAGUAUGAAUGCAUAUACCUGACUAUAGAAUUACCAACUUAGAUUACAAUUUAGAGAUUGCAGUACUUGUAAAUACCCAUGCUGGAUGGAAGGGAGGAGAUAAAAAGAAACUGCAUUAUUAAAUUAAAUGACUUCUUAAAAUCAUGUUAUUAAAGCCAAUAUCACCACUGUUUUCAUUAAUAUUUAGUUUUUUGGUUAUGUGUAAAUACAUCUAUGCAUAUUUAACGUUUGAGUGGUCAUCUGUGGGGGGAAAUUCAGCGAUCUGUAUUAUAAUGAUUCAGAUUGAAAACCAAAUAAAUCAGGCUUCUGUUAAAUUUUCCAUGUUGCAUUUAACCGGGUCAUUUGCCAAAGCCAAAGCAAUAAAAGUGAAACUAAUCUCAAAGGAAAUUAAAAUAUGGUGGUUCUGUUCAGAUUUGUUCCCCUCUUGCUAUUUUAUUACACUCUUGGGAAAAAGUCAAAAUGUUCACAAGCAGGUCUCAGUCCUACAGGUCAGUACAAAAUCAGUGAAAAACCCCAGAGCUGGCAGCUCUGGCAUGAAACCUGCUCUAUGAGGGGAAAAUGGCAGAAGCUGCUGAACCUGUUUACACCUGAUGCGCAUGGCGCCAUGUUUACCUCUCCCUCACUGCAGGGCGUGGCGCGGGAGUAGCGGGAGGUGCAGGGCGCACCAGGCUGGCUCACAUCAUCAGGCAGACCGAAGGUCUGGCUGCAGUUGCUCGCAAAGAGUUUGAGGGGCCCCCAGGUUUGGGCAAAGUCACGGGAUCGCUCCAGUAUCAUCACUGCUGGGCGGGGAGAGCGGAAAAGCAUGAUAAGGUGGGUCAGGCAGAACCGGGCCUCUAGGUCCAGACGGAUCUCCUCCUCUCUCACGCCUGCCUCAGACGCCCACCAGGUGCCAGGGUGCAGGAAGGGGUCAUCCGCCAUGUGGCUAGGGGGGUGGGAAACUGCGCAUGGGACGCUCGGAGCAGAGCAGAGAGGAGAAGGUCCACCACUGCUCAGGGUCUGGAGCCUUCUGCCAGUCGCCAGGUUGCCCAUUGGGGGGCUGCAGGCACGGUCUUUGCACUGCAAGGCUGAGAGAAGAGGCACAAUGUGGAAGAGGCACAACGUGUCGAUGUGAAACGUGUCUAAAUGUUUGUGCGGUUUUGAUAACUGUUAUUAAAUAAAUACAGAUUCAAAGUUA